AUGAAUGGGAAAAUAUAUUUGGUAGUAGUUGACAGUUUUUCAAAAUGGAUUGAGGUGGAAGAAGUGUGCAGUACUGAAGCCAAAGCAACAAUAAAGGUACUCAGAAAAUUAUUUUCUACCCAUGGUAUACCGCGAGUGAUCGUUAGUGACAAUGGAUCUGGAUUUUCGAGUGAAGAAUAUAAAGAGUUUUUAUAUUCAAAUAGAAUUAAACCAUUGUAUUCUGCACCGUAUCAUCCUGCUUUAAAUGGUCAAGCAGAACGAAUGGUUCAAACAUUUAAGAAUUCAAUUAAAAACUUUCAAGGAAAUGAUAUCGAGACACAGUUGUGCCGAUUUCUUUUUAAAUAUCGUGUUACACCUCAUUCUACAACUGGAGUUUCUCCAGCUGAACUUGUCGAUGCUACAUCCUGA